AUGGGAAGGGGCUACGGAUGUCCGAAGACUCUACAAGAAAUCACAGUGUCAACCAACACAGACCUUUAUCUUUCUUCAUAUGCUGAAGAUUAGGGGUCUAAGUUUAUUCGGAAAGCAGAGACACCAUUUGUCCCCAUUGGAAUGGUAGGGUUCACAGCGAUCGUUGCAUAUGGUUUGUACAAACUGAAGAGCAAGGGAAAUACGAAGAUGUCCAUUCACCAGAUCCAAAAGCGUGUGGCGGCCCAGGGCUUUGGGGUGGGAGCCAUGACUCUUGGUAUGGGCUAUUCCAUGUAUAAAGUGUUCUGGGCCAAGCCCAAGCCUUAG